AUGGCCGCGCCGACGCCCGCGCCCAGGCCGUACCACUGCGCAUCCUGCGAGCUGUACUUCGACAGCGCCACCUCCCUCCACGUCCACCGGCAGUACCACAAGGAGAACCUCCUCGCGCUCUGGGCCAAGCAGUCCGGCCCGAUUCCGUCCGAGGACGACAACAACAACAUGGGCGAGGACACGAGCACGUCCCCGGCGCCUUCCCAUCCCCCACGGGCGGGGAAGGAUGGCUCUGCCGCUGUCAAGUCCCCUUCGGUUCAAGGAGAUGCGGAUCAAGGGCAGCACGGUUUCCCGCCAACUCGGGUGACGUCAUCGCCGCCUGGCUCCGCCUAUUCCCGCCUCCCUCCGCCCGAGUAUCCCGGCGGCCAGUUCCAGCAGUAUUCGCAUCCGAAUAUCUACUCUCAGCAGCAGAGAUUCGGUAGCGGGCAUUAUUACCAAGGUAAUGGCGGGAACUGGGGCGUGAAUAAGCACGACGAGCAGGCCGAGAACGAGGAUUCGGCUGCUAUAUUGGACCUGGACACAAACAAGCUCCACGUGUAUCAGGAUCGAAAUGCGGGUGAUUCAUCGAAUCCAAUCGUCCCCGUGGGGAAGGGGGUCGAGAGCCGGAAAAUGUCGCCGUUGACGACUGAACGCCCCCCGCAGGGGUAUCAGCAACAAAUGCCUUCGUGGCAGAAUCCAGCUUGGAAUUCGCAGCAGCAGAUUCCGCCGCCCCAUCAGGGGUGGCAUCAGCCCCACGGCCACCCUCAGCUCCAGCAGACUUAUUACAGUUCCUAUGGAAAUUCCACAUUUAGCAACCCAUCUCAGGGACCCCUCAGUUCUUUGCAGCAGAUGUCAGGCAGCCCAAUAUAUCAGCAGGCUCCUCUGCGCCCGAGCAACAUGCCAGACGCUUUUCAGUCGCAAUGGUACGGCUCAGGCCCCCGACCCAACGGAAACCUCACCCUACCUCCUUCCGCAGGACCCAACUGUGUACCUGAAUAUGCAGCUACCUCAACCGCCAGGUCGACUUACAUGAAAACCUCCGACGACGGCGAGAGCGACUGGGCUCAGAGCCCCAGCAGCCCCGACUACAACCCAAAAGACGACAAGCGUCUCCGCCCCUUCGCCUGCACCGUCUGCGACAAGCACUUCAUCCGGAAGGGACACCUCAACCGCCACCUUACGACUGCUGCACACAAGAACCGUCUGUCCGCCAUAGCUCAGGGAACCGACAGUUCGGACUGUCCUCCAAGUAAGGUGCCCUCGUUGGACAACUCUUCCAGUGACUCAUCGCCUCCACCACCUCCCCAUGUGCCAAAUUCCAUCGGUGAAAAUGUGAGUUGCGGUUAUCCACGGAUCUCGCUAUCCUCAGACGACUACAUCCCCAACGACCCCAAGUUGAUCACGAGUGCUCCGGGACAGGUCCCACGCUUCGACGACUGUCCGACCUCGCCACCUCGGUUAGCCUUCCGAGAGCUGCAGCCCAUAAUGUCCAACGGUCGGGUCGAGGAGAAGCACGAACUCCUCUCCCCUUCGCCGAAGCUGGAGAGACCCUCUUCGACCUCGAUGAGCAACGAAUCCAUGCCACCCCCCGCCCCUCUCGGUUCGGUCACCCCCGAACCCCAGAGCAACGCUUUCCCGAAUCGGAUGUACCAAGUGCAGCCGUCUCCGGCUCGGCAGUCCCCCGUCCCAUGCGCUUCUCCUCAACCAGUCAAGGCCUUCUUCACCCCACCCACCACGCCGAACGGGAUGUACAAUCCGCCCACCGCCCAGCUGUAUCAAUCAUCCCAAGAGGUUCCCUUAGGUCCUUCGAGUGCACCAGGCAUGCAGCAUUUCGGCCAGCGUACCUACCCGGUCGCCCAGCCUCUACCCGGGAUGAUGCCUCAGUACCAGCAGAACCAGCAGCAGCACUUUCAACACGUCGGCAUGAUGCAGCAGCACCAGCCGAUGUUUCAGCCCCGCCCCAUGCAGUAUCAGCCCCCACCACCCCAGAUGCCAGAUGCUCCCCCUCCACUGAUCCCACCACAGCAGCCAUUUCGGGGCGUCCCCCUGUCCCCCAUGCCGGAACCACAGCCUCAGUAUCAGCCGCAGAUGCAGAGCGUGUCGCAGACCCCAGAGACGCUCGACCUCCCGCCUUCGCCCGGAGACCAACUCUUCGUCUGCGGAAUCUGCAGCAAGAGAUCGUCCAGCGAAGCCAUUCACGUGGAGCACAUGGCAGCGCACAACGGCGACAAACCUUUCAAGUGUCAGCAGUGCCCCAAGCAGUUCAACCACAAGACGGACCUUCGGCGGCACCUGUGCCUGCACACAGGCGAACGCCCCUUCACGUGCUUGACGUGUGGGAAGAAGUUCAUCCGCAAGGACCACAUGACGAAGCACGAGGACGUGCAUCGAAAGCCGCCCUUUUACGAGUAG